UUGAACAAUAAUUAAUUUUGUAACUCACUCUCCAUCGUUCUGUUCUAGUAGCGUCAUGCCUCCAGUCGUCGGUUAUUGGAAUCUUCGAGGAUUAGCCGAACCAAUUCGUUACUUGUUACAUUAUACGGGAACGGAAUUCGAAGACAAAAGAUACAAUUUUGGUCCUCCACCCGAAUACGAUCGAUCGGAAUGGUUACGAGAGAAGUUCACUUUGGAUCUCGAAUUUCCCAAUUUGCCAUAUUACAUUGAUGGAGAAGUCAAAUUAACUCAGAGUACCGCAAUUAUAAGAUAUUUGGCAAAGAAGCACGAGUUAGUUGUCAGGAACGAGCAAGAAGUAUUGCUACAGGAUAUAGUGGAGCAACAGGCAGUCGAUCUUCGCAACACUCUAAUUUUUUUGGCAUAUGCUAACUUUGAAGAAAGGAAAGAAGCAUACCUGAAAAAUCUUCCGGAUCAACUGAAACUAUUCUCCAAAUAUUUGGAAAACAAGGAAUGGAUAAUUGGAAACAAAUUGACUUACGUGGAUUUCAUUUUGUACGACGCUCUGGAUUUCCAUCGUUUAUUGAAAGAAGAUUGUUUGGAUGCUUUUCCUAAUUUGAAGGAAUACCUCAAACGAUUCGAAAGUCUUCCGGGUGUAUCCAAAUACAUGAAAUCGAAAACUUACGUCAAAUGGCCCAUAUUUGGACCUUUAGCCGCUUUUGGUGGUAAAUGAAAACAUUGUUUUAUUCAUUUUCUGUUUUAGAAUUUUUUAUGAUGAAUAAAUUUUUGGACGUUUAAUAA